AUUCUUCAGUCAGCCAAGCUGAGAGUAAACUUCAGGCGGAGGAGCCUAGGCUAAAGCGUACAUCCGCGCAGGCGCUGUAAGAGGAGGAGAGGCCUAAGUAGAGCUUUGUCGCGGGGCAACUGAGAAGCGGAAAGGGCUUUUGCGCGGUCAGUAUGGCCGGCUCGGGCUUAGUGGCGGGCGAAGUCGCUGUCGAUGCGCUGCCCUACUUCGACCAAGGCUAUGAAGCGCCGGGCGUCCGGGAAGCGGCCGCGGCGCUGGUGGAGGAGGAGACGCGGCGCUACAGACCCACCAAGAACUAUCUGAGCUACCUGACUACGCCGGACUACAACACUUUCGAGACUGAAAUAAUGAGAAAUGAGUUUGAACGCUUAGCAGCUCGGCAACCUAUAGAAUUACUGAGCAUGAAAAGAUAUGAGCUGCCUGCACCCUCCUCUGGGCAGAAGAAUGAUAUUACAGCAUGGCAAGAAUGUGUCAAUAACUCGAUGGCUCAACUGGAACACCAAGCAGUUCGAAUUGAAAAUUUGGAGUUGAUGUCUCAGUAUGGCUGCAAUGGCUGGAAAGUAUAUAAUGAGCAUUUAGUCCACAUGAUUGAACAGGCACAGAAAGAGCUACAAAGUUUAAGAAAACACAUACAAGACCUUAAUUGGCAGCGUAAGAACAUGCAACUCACAGCUGGUGCUAAACUUCGUGAAAUGGAAUCCACAUGGGUAUCACUUGUCAGUAAAAAUUAUGAGAUUGAACGAACUAUUGUGCAGUUGGAAAAUGAAAUUUCUCAAAUUAAGCAGCAACAUGGAGAGGCAAAUAAAGAAAACAUCCAACAAGACUUCUGAGUCUUGCUUUAGUCUAUUGUUGCUAAUACGAUAUUGCCUGAAGCUUAUGCAUAAGUGAAGAUGUUGAUUUCUCUCUGUAUAUAAUGAUACAGAAGCCAUCACCUCUGUUAAUAGAUUCAUGAACUUUAGUUUAAUAAACCGAUUGCAAAGUUGAAACCCCUUCAGAAGAUUUGUUAACUUUUCAGAUUUUUAGCAUGAGAGAUUUAUUUUUAUGAAGGAUUGUAUCUUUUGUUAAAGGAAUACAAAAAUAAAACAUACCAAUGUAAAUUUUCUAGCAGGGACAAAGCAUUGUAGUUGAAAAAUCCUGUCGCAAAAUUUAUGUUACCAAUGAAUGUCAAAAUACUUUCAAAUGUCACAAAGUGGUUAGCAAGAUCUAAAAGAUGGAAUAAUUUACUUAUAUUUUAUAUUUUUUUGCUCUUAGCAAAAAAAAUGGAUUAUGUCUGUAUUAAAUACAAAAAUGCAUGUUGGAAGCAAAGACCUUAGUUCAAAGUAUCAUGACAAUAUAUUGGAUUAGUGCAAAUGGUAUAAUGGGAAUUUUUAUGUAUGGUUACUUAGGAGAUGUGAGCCAUUGCUUUGGUUAUUUAAUUUGAAAUAUAGUUUCAUAUUUGAAAUAUAAAUAAAACUUGGUUUAAUA